AUGGAAGAAAAUAGAUAUAUUUAUAUAGAUAUUGUAAUUGAAAAAAGUAAUCUAGGGGGGAGGGUUAUUUUUGAAUUAUCACGUGAUGUAGAGACAGAUAUUUUAGAUCUUUUUUGUCAACUAUGUAAUGGUAUUAAAUGUGAGAAAACUGGUAAAAAUUUGAGUCAUACUGGUAGUCAAUUUUUUUAUAUUAAGAAAGGUCAAAUAAUUAAGGCUAAAAAUAAAUUAGAUUAUAUACCUAUAUUAAAUAAGAAAUUGGAUCAUCUAAAAUAUCAGAAAAUAUCUAAUAUAAAUAUAUCUACGGCCCUGUUAGUCAUACCAAAAGAUAUUAAAGAAGAUAUAUUUACAUUUUAUAUUAUAUUAGGAAAUAUAAUUGAAGAAAAUAAUAAAUAUAUUGUUAUUGGAAAAUGUAUUUUUGGAAUGGAUAUUAUUAAAAAUGUAGAAUUAAUACCAGUUGAUACUAAACAUUAUCCCAAAAGUUUAACUUAUAUUUCUGAUAGUGGUCAAUUAAAUUAUUCUGAUAUUAAAUUAUUAAAAAAUAAUACAAAAGAAGGAUAUAUAAGUACUAAUAAUAAAUUUGACAAAUACAAAUCAUUUUUAUUAUCAGAAAAAUAUAUUCCAGAUCAAAUUCAAUCUAGUAAACUAAUUAAUAAAUUAUUUGAUAUAAACCUUAAUAUUAGAAAAGUUAUUCUAUUAAAUAAAAAUGAAUUAAAAAGAGAGAGAGAGGAUAUACUUGAUAAAUUUGGAGCAAUAGUUAGAGAUGAUAGAAUUAUAUCUUUAAAAUUUGAAAAUAAUAAAAUAAAUCAUCGUUUUAAAGAUUUUAAAUAUUUAAAUAAGAAAUAUUCAGAUAUUUGUGGGAAUAAUAAUUAUUAUAAUAAUAUAACUAUAGAUCAAACAUCGAGUAAUAAACCUAUAAUAUUAGAUAUUAAGAAGAUAAAUGGUUCUUCAAAUAUUCAAGAUAAAUUUAAUUUUAAUGAACAAAUAUAUAAUGAGCAAAUGAGAUUAAUUAUGUCAAAGGAUAAUGAUAUUGAGUUAUUAAGAAUCAGUCAUAAACCUAAUGAUUCUGCUAAAAAAAGAUUAAUUGAGAUUUAUACUAAAAGUAGAAGUAUUAUACCAAAAUCUCAAAAAGAAAUAAUAGGAACAAAUAUUAAUCAUAUUAAUUCUAAGAAUUUAGAAUAUAAUCGAAUAAUUGAGAAGUUUUUUGGUAAACAUUGUACUGAAAUUAAAAGGAAUCUUGAGAAGGGUACAGCCUAA